AUGUGGACUGCCGUGAGGGGAACUAGUGCGCUGAGGCGUGUGAAUUCCCCAAUGUUGCGCUGCCGCUGGCGUCGAAGUGUUACUUUCACUUCAUCCGAAAAGGCCGCAUCGUCACGAGCAGCGACAUUGCGGACCGGGACUUACAGUGUGAAGGGAUACGACUUUGUCGAGGGAUUUCACGUGCUUGGGCCAGGCGCGGCGCUGAGCCGGCUAAAAGCAACGCUCAGCAUGUACGGUCUGCUUGGCGUCACGGUGAUCUCGAGCAUUGCGUAUUACUUGACAACACGCACCUACGAGCUGACGACAGAUCCGGACCCGCUCCCCAAGUCGCGCUUCCAGAAAUUUCCCUCUGACUAUGCGGUGCUUCGGAACCGGUGGACUGGCAAACGCCACGUGAUUGCAUUGAGAGAUGGCGACGCGAAUGACAAUGACACGAGGGAGGGGAAGCAACAUGAAUUGGAGGAGUCGGCAAUUUUGAAAAAAAGAAUUCGGGUCAACUGGCUGAUUCAUAGCGUGCGUCUUUAUUUACAUGUCACGGAUUCCAUUGUAGUGGUGGAUUUGGACGCAGAAUGUGAUCCGUAUCAUUUUGCUUUGAAGCGCAAUCGGGGUUCUUUAACGACUUCUGAAGUAGCAAACCAUGUGGGUGAACCCGCAACAGCUCGGUUAUUGUGUCGUUCACGUCUUCGUCCCAUUGUAAUACGCAACGAGUACCAAAAGGGAACUCUCCCGCAAUACGAGCGUACAGUGGACACUGUAACGCGGGAAUUGUUUGGGGAACGCUACCGGCAGGCAAUUUUAUCGCGCUCGGGGUCGAUUCUGCACCCCGUUUUUGCAGAUGAGCUGCUGAAAAGUGGGGAGCUGAACGGGAAGGAAAUGUCAUGGACCGAUGUCGUUGGUGACAAUGAGGCCUUCUCGGCGGAGAUACAAAGGCGGGUGCAGAAGAAACUUGGGGAAAAAGUGAUUCUCCUGCAAUUCAGCAUGAGAGUCCUCUGA